CUCGUAAAGCCCUGGCAGUGGUUGAGCUUUCAGGAAGUCUGCCAGUCUGUAUGGUAGAGUGCUCUGACGAUCAUUGUAUGCUUCAUCAAGUCAAAAUCUUCGGUGAAAUCAAUGAAAACGGCUACUUUCAAGUGGCCAGAGCACAAUGCGAGGAGCCGAGUCACUACAGUGAAGGGAUGGACGGCAUGACGCUGAAUCGAUUAUAAUCAUUCCACUUCCAUAAACUGAAGAGGACAGAAAAGCUGCAUAUAUACCUAACAAUGAUGCACGGGCCACGUCGCGCUGCAGUGUGUCUCGUCUUAGUGGCGGUGGCUGUCACUCAAGCGGCAGCACAGGCGAGGGACGGCUGGCCGGCGGCAGAUGGCACCGCCGAACAGCCACCACCACUGCUCUUUCAGCCACCAGAUGGCUCCAAGAAGCCUGUACGUCGCCCUGAUAUCUUUUCUCCAAAAACAAAGCCUCUUAACUUUCAUGGAACGAUCGAAACUUCAGAGGACUUAGAAACAGUAGGCGGCAGGCUGGUAGAGGAACCAGACGGCCUGAGGUGGGCUGUCAGAGAACAUACCUAUGGGGUAGACGUGACCUCGGACGGAAGGCCACCAUUGAGGGGUCCGGUCACUGGCGCAGGCAUGCAGGAGGGGCAGCGGCACUUCCUCAAAAAAAAUUCAGAUGGCGUGGAGGCGGCGCAGACGAGCGGGGCUGGCGGCGACGAGUGGCAAGGCAGCGCCACCAUGAAUGGCCCCGGUGAAGGCGAGCUUCCCCCCGCGGUCUGGUCGAGGGAGGCAGACCUGUGGAGCUACCAGGAAGGGGAGUGGACGGAGGUACGCCUGCCGGACUCUUCGUACCUGUCCCUGCCCACGCCGGCCCCUCCCGCGGCAGCCCUCGUCGUGGCCGCCGUCGGCAAAGUGGAGAUUCAACGUAGCUUGGAGGGCCUGAAGAACGUGACCAUCCACUGCCGCUUCUACCUGAGCGACAGCCACCACCCAGACGACCUACCUGAACUGACGGUGUACUUUGUUGGGGACGGCUCUCGUGACACGUUGGAGUUUGAGACGACGAGGGGGGCGUGGCAGGAGCAGACCAUCCACGUGCCCGAGGCGAACACCUCCUCGAUCAUUAUUGAAGGCUGGCUCAAGGCCAAUGGGGACAUCAUCGCCCUGAGCGACCUGUACACGACGGGCGUCACGGCGGCCCGCGACGAUGCGCUGGAUGCCUACCUGGACCAGAAGACGCUCACGGUCAGCACGGCGGAGAACGACACUUCAACACUUGAGUCCGAAGGAAACGGGACAGACUCAGAGUAUGAGGAUAGCGCAACGAGACCCAAUGUUGAUGACGACACGCAGCUCGAUGCAACGCCAACUCCUGAUGAGGAGGGCGCAGAGGAAGGCACAAGGACGGUGACGCCUACUGACGAGUCUGAGCUUGAGACUUCAACAGGCAUUCCUGAAGGUCGACUUACUGAACAAGUCGACGGGAGCACAGACGUUGUUAGCUUGAAUUCUACCAUCUUAGCUAGCGAUAAUAUGACUUCGGGUGUAUCAAGUGAUUUACAAGAUACCAUGACGGCGACCGACGCAGAAAACAACGAAGAAGACGAAGGUGGAUCAUCGACUGCUGCUGUGGCGGACGGUGAGCCAGGCGCGUCGGAAAAUGUCACUGAAGACGCUUUUGAAACAGAAGCAAAGGAAGACAUCACCACUUUGUUUAUACCUGGCGUGACCACAGACUCUCUACAGACCAACGCCUCCAUCACCCUCCCCGAGGGUAACGCCACGGCCACAGACGGUCCCUUCACCCCCUCGGAGGUUUCUGUGGGCUCAGAAACAGCCAGCAAUGUCACAGAAGAACCCCCCUUUACAGGUGGACAAAAUCUUUCUACUAUCAUAUCUGGGACUGAUAAUGGUAGCUCUGCAACACUCGGAAGACCAGAUUUCAACACCACUUUAGAAAAUGUCACAGGGGGAACAGCACUCCCCACAGGGGUCAUAAUGGACUCCACGCCAUACCCCACCGGCAACAGCACGGAUACAGUGAUGGCGAGGCCGAUGUCCAACACCUCGUGGCGGGUGUUCCAGUUUUUCAUUGUGCUGUGCGUGAUGGGCCUCCUCGCGCUGGGCUUCCUCUACUUGAAGAAGAAGCGGCGGCAGGACGACGAGAUCCCUGUGUUCACGCGCCACACGGACUACCACAACCCGACCUUCACCAUGGAGGACGCCGCCAACUUCAUGUCGCGCUCCGGCCGCAGCACCUACAAGACCAUCGAGUAGCCGCCGGUGCGAUGCGGCCGCCUCUCCUGCCUGACGUACUAUUCUGCUGUGAUAAAAGUAGACGAACAGUUUAUUGAAAAGUUUAAAAUGGUUUUAGUACUGAAUCUGGGCAAUCCUAUUCCCUACUAAGAUAUUGGAAACAGUAAAAAAUCCGCAAUCGUUCAGUGUUUGACAUCUAUAUCAUUAAAUGAGUGUGUGAAAGAGGUUUUGUGCAUUCCUAUUCAAACUUCGCAUGUGUACGAGUUAAAAGUUGUCCUUUCUCUUCUUUAGGUUGUGUAGUAUACCCUAAAACUCAAGAGGGAUAAGAUUUCUGAAAUACACCUCAAAGAUCA